AUGCACCUCUUUGCUCUGGCCUUCUGCUGCUGCUGCUGCUGCUGCUGCUGGCAACAUCUGGUGGAACCCGCACCCGUCCUUGCUCCAUCUUCACCGAAACCUCACCGUCCUGCUCUGUCUGAGGAGGAGAGGGCUUUUGCAGAGGAGUAUCUGAUGCACUUCUAUGGAUACCGACCUGUGGACAGGAGGCCCAGACGGAGCACGCAGAAUGAAGUGGAUGAUGAUUUUUCCUCAGGGCUUUGUGAGAAAAUAAAACAAAUGCAGAGGUUUUUUGGACUGCCCCCCACAGGAGAGCUGGGCAAGGACACGCUGGCUGUGAUGAAGAAGCCUCGCUGCGGCCUGUCGGAUGCGGAGCCGAUUGGAGGGACGAUGAGGUGGACGAAAAGCAAACUCAGCUAUAGAAUAGAUGGCGGAAAGAUGCCCAUCCCUUUCUCCCAAAUCCGUAAAGUCUUCAGAGCAGCCUGGAAGAUGUGGUCCAAUGUAACACCUAUGCACUUUCAGAAGCGUGGCAGAAGAGAAGCCGACAUUGUCAUCUCUUUCUACAGAGGAGACCACAAUGACGGCUCCCCAUUUGACGGUAAACUGGGAAUCUUGGCCCAUGCCUUCUUACCUGGUGUUGGGGUGGGUGGAGAUGUGCACUUUGAUGCAGAUGAAGAAUGGAGCAUGAACUCCACAGGCUACAAUCUCUUUGCUGUGGCCGUGCAUGAGUUUGGCCAUGCCAUUGGCCUGUCGCACUCGUCAGAUCCUGGUGCUGUCAUGUUUCCUUCAUACAACUUUGCCUCCAACAAUCAGCUGGAGCUCUCGUUUCGGGACGUCAAAGAUGUUCAACACUUGUUCAUGUGGCGCAGACAUCCACAAUUUGAUGAAACCCGCAUUUCUUUGAUGAGCAGUUUGUGGCCAGAAAGCAUACCCUCGCACCUGGAUGCAGUCUACAUGAACAUAGACAGAAAUGUCAAUAUUUUUUUUAAAGGUGAUCAGUAUUGGAAGCUGACUCAGUUGCAGCUGUUGGAAGGUUUUCCCAAAAACAUCACAGACUUUGGCUUUCCCGCAAGAAUCAGAUCCGUGGACGCUGCUCUUCACUUCCGCUUUGAGCGACUGACUGUGUUCUUCACCGGACACGAGUGCUGGAGGUACAACGAACAGGCAGAAGUAAUGGAGUACCCACCAUCGCUCAUAGAGGAAGAGUGGCCUGGGAUUCCAGCGCCUGUAGAUGCUGCAGUUUACUUUGAUGACUUUGUCCACUUUUUCAAGGGGAACGUGCACUACACAUACAACUCUGUCUCCAAACGCGUGGUCAGCACCGGCCCGGCCAAUGAGCUGCUGGAGUGCACCGGGGACACUCACAACAAGACGCCACCACAGGGACCUGACUCGUUUUAA